AAUAAAUAAAAUAGCUUUUUCUCUCCUCACUAAGUGAGAACAGUGCUUUUUGUCAAUGUAUCAUUAUUCUUUUCUCUACAGAAAAUUCAGCUUUUUUUUGGCUUUGGGUUGCAAUAGUUAUCAUAAGUAGACAUUGGGUUCAUGACUCAGUUUCUGUACCGAACCUUAUAAUUUUGCCAAUUUGAGCUGUUACUCCGGCUAGUGUGUGAUUGGCUCUUCAAUCUAUCAAUGUUGUAAAAAAUCAUAUCAAAUGAUUUUAUACUAAUCAUGAUUUCAAUAGUUAUGUUUAGGAAGUAAUUCCAUUCUUAUUUUGAAAUAUUUUAAACUUCUUUGUUUUUUAAACAUGUUUUCUUUGUCCCUUGGUAUUUUUAACUUCGAAAUCUUAACUUUUGGCUAUUAUUUAUAUAUUGCUAAAAUUGGAUUUUAAAUAUGUGAAAGAAAAGGCUAAAGUUAUAUUUUGUACUGGACAUUUAGUAAUGUAUUGUAUUAUUUUGGUAGCAUUCUUUCAGCAGAGUUUAUUCGGGCUUCCUUACAAGAUGCUGCAGAAAAAGAUGGGAUAAUUUUAUCCAAAGCUAAAGCAAGAGCCUCCCUUCCAAUGAAUGGAAAGGAUGAUGAAGUAAAGUUGGAAGAAGAGGAAAGCAAUAAUUUCAAAGAUUGUCUGCUUCCUACAGUAAUUGGAUUGCUUAGAACUGCUAAACUCCCCUCUCUUCUGAGAACUUAUCGAGAUACACUGACUGCUGAUAUGAAGAGUGCUAUUAAGACUGCUGUUGCUGAGCUGCUUCCAGUUCUUGCUUCUCGAGGUUCAGAGUCAGAGUUCUUUUCUGGAGACAGAACUGUAGAUGCAGAUGGUGGAGGUGCAUCACUUGCUAGCAAGUUGAGGAGCCUAUCAUCUGACUGCUUUGUUCAUCUUUUGAGUGCUAUUUUCUUGAUAGUACAGGUAAUUUAUACUUGGCAAUUGUUAAUUUGUUAGAUCAUCUAGACUAGAAUAUUGCAGUCUUUUGAAAUGUAUUCAGUUUUAAUAAUAUAGAUGAUGUGCCUUUAUGGCUAGGAAGCCCAGCACGGCUCCUAAACAGUGUGCCAUGUGAUCAACACUUUUUGAAUUUUGACACUCUUUGGGCAGUUGUCAUAUACUCAUUUCCAGUGUCUGAAUUAUAAAAUACUUUUUCUUGGCUUAAAGACUUCUCUGGUAAAGCUUGGGCAUGGUCCAAAUUCAAUUUACUUUAUA